AGGAGUGACAAGCCCAAUCUACAAGUAAAGAGAACCUUCCUCAUUAGCCCACAGUCCUUCCUCCCAAACUCUCUCUACGCUCUUUACAACCGAGACACUGCCAAAGCUCGACGCUCCUUACCAAAGCAAAGCCAAACGCCCAUCAUGAAUAUGAACAACGGUCUUUUCCUGCGAAGUGCAGGUCUUCACCCGACCCAGUGCACCUACUGCCAGCUUGAUCCGUAUACCGGGGAGCAUAUUUGUGACUGUGCGACUCAGAAUUACCUGGCUAGCAUAGGUUAUGGAUCACCUCAACAGAUUCUGGUUUCGGCUGCCAACUGUACUUGCCCUCAAUGUCCGUACCAGGUAUUCCUCGGUGGUGGUACAGGGCUUUUGAGCGGUGGCUUUCAGCUUGCCGCUGCUUCUCCAUUAAACAAGGGCUUUGGAAUGACCGGUGGUCUCCCUGUGAAUCCGGCUCUUGGAAUCGGGGCAUUUCAGAUGAAUCCUCUCGCGUUCCAGAGCAUGUCUCCAUUUGGUGCUGCUGGACUUGGCGGAGCGACUGCACUCAGCAUGGGUAUGCUAGGGCAAGGCUUUGCAGCACAACAUAUGCUCAGCCAGCCCAUGGCCGCUAUGAAUAGGCGCGGUUUCGGUCGUGGAGCUGUCAAUAGACUCGGCUCCAGCCCUUUUUGCAGCAGUCGCUGGGGAGGUCGUGGCAGCCCUUAUGACUUGUACUGGAGGUAGCUCUUAUUGCUCCCAUGGUGUUACUCCAAACUCCUGAGAUAUUAAGUAUACUUCCGUCUCGGCGUGUCGAUUCAUGACAAAACUAUUUCACGUUUGGUGUGCUGCAUUGAUUAAUACUCUUGAGGGUUUCUACGAGAAUUUGUGGAUUGAUUAUCGGUUCUACUGUAUGAGGUUGCUGGCACUCUUCAGCGGCUAAGAGGAGACAGAAAGGGAACAGUAUAUUAAUUCUUUCUUAUGGGAAUUAUUCCAUAGAGGAUUGUAGGUUGAAACAAUAGAAACAAAGGAAAGUUGGAUGCGAUGCCAAAUUGUGUUAUGGUUCCAGUUGCGACGUCUAACCGAUGUUAUCAUCGAGGGGCUUGGGAGUGUUCACACAUCUUGUUAAUACAACACAAAUGGAAUGCGGCUGGUCAAAUAUCUGCGUUUCAACUAACUAUCGUACAAG